AUGGGGUUCAAUUACGACGAAGUCUCCGAUUGUUCGGACAUAAGCUCCUUGGCGUCCAACUCGCCUCGAUCAUCGCCAGGUCCCGAAGCACGUUAUCCCUCUCCAUCAUCCCAACUGGAGGCCGAGUUUGAGCAGUCCGCCGCAGAGAGUUCUUCUGCACGCCAAGCCCGUCCCGCAAAGAGGAGACGCAACCCACUCCCCAAGGAACGAACCACCCAGUAUCUCGAUCUCUCCAAAUCUUUGCACGCCCAAAGUGACCAACAUAAUCUACUGGUCCAAACUCUGCGCCAUCAAAAGGAUGUUGUCGUCAUUGUAGGCGCCGGCAUUUCCACCGCCGCGGGCAUUCCGGAUUUCCGCUCCGGAGACGGUCUCUUCCGAUCUUUACAAAAGAAACAUAACCUCAAAGCCUCUGGCAAGCUGCUCUUUGAUGCUGCCGUCUACCAGGAUGACGCUUUGACCGCUCCCUUCCACGAAAUGGUCCGAUCGCUGUCCGAAGAUGCUCAAAGGACCAAGCCCACCGCCUUCCACCGAAUGCUAGCCCGCCUAGGAACCGAAGGCCGCCUCAAACGACUCUACACCCAGAACAUCGAUGGCAUCGAAACCCAGAUGAAGCCCCUGGCGACUGAUGUUCCGCUGAAUAUCAAGGGCAACUGGCCUGUCACCAUUCAAUUGCAUGGCAGCAUUGAGAAGAUGGUCUGCCAAAAGUGUCGCUUCCUCACUGACUUCAACCGCGAGAUGUUCACCGAGGCCGACCCGCCUGCUUGUGAGGAGUGUGCUAUCAACGACGAAACCCGCCUGAUUGGUGGUCUCCGCAGUCACGGAAUCGGACGUAUGCGCCCGCGCAUCGUUCUCUAUAACGAGCACAACCCCGAUGAAGAGGCCAUUACCUCCGUGAUGAACGCCGACAUCAAAUCCCGCCCUCGCGUCUUGAUUGUUGCCGGAACCAGUCUGAAGAUUCCUGGUGUUCGUCGCCUUGUGAAGAGUAUGUGUGCGAUUAUUCGGGGUCGCAAGGACGGUGUGACCAUGUUCAUCAACAACGAACCCCCAAGCAGCAAGGAGUUUGACGACUGUUUCGACCUGGUUGUUCAAGGAUCCUGCGAUGAAGUCGCCAACCAAGCGAACUUGAAGUGCUGGGAGUCCAGCGACAGCGAGCUUUGCGAGUACGAGUCUUCGCCCGAGCCCAUGCCCCAGCUCGACAGCACCAUCAAGACCCAUACUUCCCAGACCUCCAAUGUUGCUGUGGUGAUCACCCCGAGCAAGAAACGAACUCGCGACGUCACUGGCCUCCUUUCGCCAUCCUCUGGUCCUGACGAGCACCCCGCGAAGAAACGCGUUACAAAAUCCAUCAAACCCAAGGGUAUCACCAACCCGGCCAGCAAGGGUCGCGGUAUUGCGGAACUUCUCAAGAGUCAACCGAAGGCUGCGCCGAAGACAUCCACUGCCCCCAAGUCUGCCCCCAAGUCUACCGUCAAGUCUACCGUCAAGUCUGCUGCCAAUCCCGUUGCCAAACCCGUUGCGAAACCUGCCGCAAAGAAGCCCACUGCCACAGCUGCGGCCGCAAAGCGUGGCAAGAAGACACCUGCUCCGGCCAAGCCCAAUACCACUAUCACUGGGUUCAAGAACACCCGUGUCACCAAAAACUCUCUCGCCGCAGCAACUGUCGAUUCCAAGCUUUCUGCCAAGAUUAUGUGUCCAGUUCCUCCAGGGGAUCCAAAGAACAAUGCCAUGGAAAUUUCCGCACCUGACUCCGAAAGCAAGCCCGACUGGGCAGAUCUCAAAAUUCACACCAUUGCUCCAAUGAUCUCAUAA